GUUAAUUUAUUAAUUAAUUUUUAAUUUACUUGCAAUAAAUUAUUGUUUCUGGAGAAAAUAAUUGAGAUUGUUAUAUAAGGAAAAUUCAUGAAAUAAAAUAAAUUAUGUGACUUUACUUAAAAGUAUGUCAUUAAAAAUAAACGAACAUCGCCCUGGCAAUCUCGUUGUUUGGAUAAAAUAUCACAUUACGAGUGACGAUGCUGACUUGGCGAACUGAACACACGGCUUCUUUAACUAGAAUAUUGAAGAUACAGCACAAGCAAUGGAAUGGCAUUGCUGUCCUGCCAUCGGGGCAAUAAUACACUCUUAGGUAUAGGUCAGAAAUUUUAACUAUGUAAUAUUUAAUCUAAUAAACAUAUAGGUAAGUUUCGAAGUUUUGCUGGAACCUCUAGCGGCUGUGAAACGCACCCUACAUAAUUCCCGCAGUCGGUAGGAUAAGUCGAAGUAGUCAUGAUACGUCUUGAAACCAAAAUCGUCUCCAAGCGGGCCAUAUUCAGCGGCUUACACUUUUAAGAUUUUUAUACUCGUAUAUUUAUGCGAAUCAACGAACGUUGCUGAGGACACACUUAGAAAUCAGUGUAACGAAAAGCCAAAACAAAUAGAUGUAAGUAGUGUAAACAAUUUCUAAGUGUUGCCAAUCCUUAUUCCACCAUUUUCUAUCCACUCGAAUAUCGUAACUCUAGAUUAAAAAAUAGUUUAGAUAAAAAUUAUAGGUUUGGUGUUAUAGACGAAAAAUGAGAUUUAGACGGUAAAGUAGCUGACGUUGACACUUUUUAUAGAUUAUUAAAGUUGCUACCGGACUUUGACAGGAAGACUCACGUUUCUAACUCAGUUAAUAAUGUCUGCGACCAAUUAGUAUAACAAUAUUUCGAACCGGGUCCCUGCCAUGAAUUGACAGCUUUAGCUUUGAUUCAUUACAUUUUUGGUGCUGAUUUAAUAGACUAUUAUUAUUGAAUACAAUUUGGUAGUUAGUGGUAGGUAAAUGUAUAGUAAUAAAUUUCAGUUUCUCAAUUAUACCUGUCGAUAUCCUUGAAUUUUCCAUUGGGCCUAAUAAGCUAUGGCAGACCUUUAUACCUCCGUAUUCCUUUAUAGCAACCGAUUGAAAAUCGUUCAGGUACAUGGAAACAGAAUACCCGAAGUUUGAAUGCUUAUCUAUGAAAAAGUAUUAGAGCAACUGGAUUAUCGCUCUAAUACUCUUACAUUUUCUAAAAUAAACGAAAAUUAUGUCCGGGAGCUAUCUCGCUACUAUGCCACAUGAGUGUUCUCUACAGAUCGAAGCUAUCUAUACACUUAACAUCAGCGAUGAAAUUAUAGGGGGGCCACUGAAAUUCACAGAAGCUAGAAAUUAUAUUAAUAAUUAUGCAUCACUAGAGGCUGACAAGAUUCCUCACAUGACACUGAAUACACUGAACCCUAAAAACCUACAAAGAUGGAAUACCAGUCCAGAACACAAUUAAAUCGGACCAGAGAGAUACCAUAUCAUAUCUCACCAUGAUACUUCUGUAUAAUAUUAUAGCUGCUAAAGCUGCAUUUACGUUAAUCAUUCUCAUUCAAAGUCAUUUUAAAGGAACGAAAACUAAAAGUACCAAAAAAAAAAACAAGAACCACGAUAGAUAAAAAGAGCAUACUAAUGCCGAAUCAAGUGGAUUGAAAACCCAUGAAUCUGCACCAGCAACAUUAUCGCCGAAACUCCUCAAAUAGUUGCUGCUAUGGGGACUAGUCCCCUGAGAGUAUAGACUCAGACUAUUAAGCAACUGCUGUCACUUCGACCCCAGUUAUACUUAGCACAUUAUAUGCAAUACCUAUUGGGCAACCGCUGAUGCUGCCGAGCUACCAGGUCGUCGAUGUACGAGAAACUCUAAUUUAAUACUCAAUUAACUUACACAUGUACGACCUUGGGUCUACUAUUCACACUACCAUCUUCUACUAUCAAGCUCUUUAGUUCAGAGAACACGCCACUAAACCGAGUUAUGACAGAAAGUGAAAUUUCACUUAUGGGAAGUAUUGCGUCUGCUAGCACGCUUAUAAUAACUCCAUUUUGUGGUUAUCUUUCGGACUUAUUAGGAAGGAAGCGUGCCUUAAUUAUUUUAUUUUCGCCACAACUGAUGGCAUGGAUAGUAUUGGUGUCAGUAAAAAGGGUUGAAGGGGUUAUUUGUGCGAUGUCUCUCUGCGGUCUUGGUGGCUGUGUAUUUCCCAUCAUUCCGGUCUACAUCAAUGAGUUUUCUGAACCAUCCAUCAGAGGAGCCCUGAGUUCCAGUGGUAUAAUCUUCCAUGGAAUAGGAAUGUUAUUAUCUUAUGGGAUAGGUGGUAUAGUAGACUACAGUACAUUGAACUAUAUAGGACUAAGUUUGGCCCUCAUUGGUAUGGUAUUGUUCUUCUUUUUAAAAGAAUCACCCUUGUAUUUACUGAGGAAGGGUUUGGAUAAGGUAAGGUUUAUUCUUUUAGUGGAAGCGAAAAGUACUAGGUGUAUCACAGGAAUAUAUGCUGGAUGUUACUCGUUUCAGGAAGCUGCUAAAUCCAUUGCCUAUUAUAAAGGACUUGAGCUUGAUUCUAUAGAAGUCAUAACACAUCUAGAGAACUUAAAACAACUUAUAAAAAACAGUGACAUAAAAUUAAAUGACAUCCCCGAAAUGGAGAACUUAAAUCCGGAAACGAAAGCAACUCGAAAAAAUGUAUCAAUAUUAAAAUUUUUCGGGAAUUCGCCUUCUACUCGUCGUGCAUUUAUUGUACUACUCGUUCUUCUUACCACAUGUGUAUUUCAAGGCUUGACUGUAGUACAAGUAUACGCAGACCCACUAUUUGCGAAUGCAGUUCCGAGCAUGUCGUCAACUGUAUCGUCCGUUAUAUUUGGCUUGACAAUGAUAAUAACUGGCUUCUUUGAAGCCCUCUUAGUCGAAGCAAUUGGCCGAAGAGCGUUACUAAUAGGCUCUUCACUGGUCACUGGUCUGUUGUGUCUUAUUUUAGGGACCCAAAUACAAUUUCAGUGGGGUCCCGGCUGGUUGACAGCAGGUUUCAUUUAUAUUUAUGCCAUGACUUAUACUUUUGGAGCUGGUACUGUGCCUCACGUUUUAAUGGGAGAGGUAUUUCUUCCUCAGAUCAAAAGUUUUGCCAGCACCUUUAUUUUUGAGUGGUCUUAUUUUUGUAUCUUUUUAAUGCUUUUUAUGUUCAAUCCACUCUUCAACGCUUACGGUCUGGGACCGAUCUUUUUUAUUUUCGCCGGUUGUUCUGUCUUCACGGCGGUAUUCGCCUUCAUUUAUCUUCCAGAAACAAAAAAAUUGUCAGUGGAUGUAAUUCAAAAAAAAUUUUUGGAGAGAAAAUUAUUUUAAGUAGUUAUUAUUAUGUGGGACUUAUUAAUAUUUACUUGAAAUAAGUGUCGAGUGAAGUAAAAUUAUAUAAUGUGUGACGAGGCUUGACCUUAAUAAAAUAUGAGAAUUAAUAAAAUAAACACGACACUACCUCAUUUUGUAUUACAUAAUAAUUCUAGGUAAACUAAUGAAUUAUAUUUAUAUUUAUAACAAUUUUUUAAAAUAAAUCUUAAGUAUCCAA